AUGUCGUACCGCGUCGCCCGGCCCAAUAGGCUCCGUGGCCGCGCGAGUCCUGCCGCUUUCAGUCGUCAGGAACGACCGCGCCUCUACAUGUCUCAGCGGUGUUGCUCGACGCAGCCAUCAGGAAAUUCCAGUGCCCUGCGGGCACCACCGGAUGACACACUCUGGGUGUCCUGCGAGGGAUACCACCCUUCUGAUGUGGAGCAUGUUGGUAACAUUUCAUACUAUCCGCAACCUGGCUUCAAGGCAGUCUACUUUCCAUACAAAGAAAGUUCGAACUAUUUGUCGCCCAUAGUCGCAGUUAAGUUCAGCGAGCCCAUGAAAGAUCUUCUGAUAACAGUGAAGUGCCGUGCUUGGGCAAAGAACAUUGGAACAUUCACUACAGAAACUGGACGAACAGAUUAUCAACUGAUGAUUGGGCAGAUGCCACGUCCCAAACAAUGA